AUUUGACAUACGGAUAACACGAAAAAAAACUACAAUAAUAAUAAAGCAGUGGUGUUCGCAAAUCGAGAAAGACCAACAAGAUGUCUCUGGGACCGUUCUUCCGCUCGCCGUUUACCGAUCUGACCGCUUCGAUGGUCAACUUCCAGCAGUACCACAAGUGUGGUGAGCUAGAGAUGGCGUCGAUCGACUGUCUGGAAGCGUACGGUACGGUGCGUGGUGCGACAAAGUGUGCCGAUCUGCUGUCCGACUUCCAGGAGUGUGCGUUCAUGGCGAAACAGAUUGCACGGUUCCGGGCCAUGCGAAUGGAAAGACAUCGUCAGGGAUGGAAUGGCGAACGCAAGGGUGAUGAAUAUUACGCCCCGCCGCCACGUGUCGAUGCCUAUUAGGAUACGAUCUGGGAGAAUGCGCUAUAGGGGAAUACGUAAAUUCCUUGUAAAUUACUAUUGAAAUACAUUCAUCCAUUACCUAGGCGACAUAAUGUGUUUUUGAAGC